CUUCACGAGCGCUCAGCCUGUGUGGCUUAAAUCAUAUUCUACGGUUUACUACUUCAUCUAUCUCUCAAACCUGCCGGUCACCAAAGUCCAUUAAUUUUAUGUCAAAAUGCGUGCUUUGGGAUAGGAGGAUGUCGGUUUGUCGCUCGCUCAUCCGAACGGUUGGUACCUGUCCGCGCGCUCAUGGACCGUUCACACGCAGGUGCAGCAGCAGAGGCGCACGCGGGAGCCGCGCACAGGACAGAGGCACACAGGACAGAGGAACACAGGACAGAGGCACACAGGACAGAGGAACACAGGACAGAGGCACACAGGACAGAGGCACACCGGACAGAGGCACCGGACAGAGGCACACAGGACAGUGGCGGCGCUCAGCUGUCCGGCUCUAGCCGCAGCACGAAUCACUUUACCUGGAGUCAUGGACGCGGAGGGCAGGGUGGACGAGUCCAGACUGAGGAGGCAUGUUUUCAAAAACGGGGGUCUGCUACCUCAUGAGAGAAGCCUUGUGUGGCGCUUUCUGUUUGGGAUGUACCCCUGCAGCUCCACUACUCUGGAGCGCCCCCUACUGCUGGAGCAGUUGGUCGUCCGAUACCAGGUCAUGAAAGGAAAGUGGCAGCAUUUAUUUCCAUCAACAGUGAACAUGCACAUCAAUGGGACAGAUGUGGCAUUAAUAUCAGCCAUUGAAUACUUCAACAAGAGACAGGCUCGGGUCAAACAACAGUCCCUGGAGUACAGAGAUGAGAUCAGAGAGAGGCUGGGCUUCUUAGAGCUCCAGGCGCAGAUCUUGUUUGAGCGGGUUACACUGGAUCAAGAAGAGCUGCAGGAAGCAAUAAGAAUAAUAGACAAAGACGUGCCACGAACAAACAGAGACCUGAGCUAUUACAAAGGUGAGGGCUCAGGUAAUCUCUUGGUCUUAAGAGACAUCCUCAUCACUUAUGCUGCUUUUCAUCCAGAAGUGAGUUAUGCACAAGGAAUGAAUGACCUGUGCAGCCGCUUCCUGGAGGUUCUGGACUCAGAAGUGGACACUUUUUGGAGUUUCUCCUGUUACAUGGAGAAGUUUUCAAAGGACUUCAGAGCUGACGGGCUGCACCGAAAAAUAGAAUUGGAGGCAGCAUUGUUAAAAGAGCUGGACCCACAGCUCUAUGGCCACCUAAUGACUAACAACAUGGAGAGUUUCACUUUUUGUCACAGAUGGCUACUGCUGGGCUUUCAAAGGGAGUUUGAACACAGCGAGGCUCUGCGUCUGUUUGAGAUCCUGAGCUGUGACCACCUAGAGCUGGUUUCUCAGCAAGUGGAACGCGUACGGUACCAGGAAAGACUGGCACAAAAGAGGGCCUCAGACAGUGGUUCUCAAACACAUCUGCAAAGCAUCAACCCAGACUUCACGUUUGAGCUGUUCAUCUGUGCGGCCAUCCUCUUGGAAAAUAGGGGCUUUCUGUUAAGGUGUCGAAAUGAUGUCCAGCUAAUACAGUUUGCAAACAGUCUUCAAGGAACUCUGGACCUAAAUAGGACUCUGAAGAAAGCAGAGCAGCUGUUCUUCGACUACUGCAAGCGCCGCUCUUGGGAUUACCUGAGCAGACACUGCCAACAACCCAGUGACAGCGGAGACCUUUUCUAUCUGUUACGCAACUUCUUUGUACUGAAAUGAUUCUAUGCAAAUAUCAGGGACACACAUGCUGCUGUUAAAAUAUAUAAUGAUAUGUAUUUUUUAAUUUGUUUUUUGUAUUUAUUUUUAAAAGUGGAUAAUAUAUGAAAUAUCACUCCACUGGUCUGAGGAAAUCAUUGUCACAUGCAAGUUUUGGCAGUAGUUUGUUUGACAAACAAAACGCAAUACUGUGUGUAAUGAUGCAAUAAACUUCACUUCUGUUUAAU